AUGGCAGACCAGUCUCCGUCAAGACUGUCCGUCGCGGCGACGGUGACUUUCCACAUCACGACCGCCAUCGCGGUCACCAUCGUCAACAAGUCCGUCCUGAAUACUCUGCCGGUCCCGAUAACGCUCCUCCUCGCCCAGGCUGUGAUAUCGAUCGCCAUCUUAGGCCUCGCGUACAUGAUGAAACUGUACGUUCCGGCCAAGCUGGACUCGACGUACAUCCGGGGCGUUGCACCAUUGCUGGCCAUGAAGAUCAUCGCGCAACUUUCCAAGACGUAUUGUCUACUUAAUGUCAAUGCAAGCUUCUACCAAAUCGCGCGAGGGCUUCUCCUCCCACUCACCAUCCUCCUCUCGUUCGUUCUCCUCAAGGACUCGCGACCCAGCUUCUGGGCGUCGGCAGCAUGUGCCAUCACGACAUUCGGCUUCGUGAUCGGCGUCUCCGGCGAGGCGGUCGGGCAGGCCACCAACAUCGGCAUAGCAUGGGGCGUUUGGUCGUCGCUCACCACUGCCUUCGAGACGGUUCUGGUCAAGUACCUGGCGCUCAAGACCCGCGUUCUCGACCUUGUCUUUGUGACGUCGCUGGCCUGCGUCCCGGCCUACACGGUGAUGGCCUAUCUGAACGGCGAAAUGUCCCACUUGUCCGCCCUGGGAGCGAUGCACCCCGUCAUGGUGACGUUUGACAAGAAGGUGCUGCUGAGCGGCCUGUUCAAUUUCGCAUUGAGCGCGGCGGCCUACCUACAGAUUCGAGUCACUUCUCCUACGACACAUAUGAUCUCCACUGCUGCAAGAGGCGUCUUGCAGUCCGCUUUGGCAGUGGUGUUCCUGGGGGCCGAGAGACUGACUGCGUCGCGCAUCAAGAGUAUCGCCGUCAUCUUGACCGGUACUAUGCUCUACACCUUUAUCAAAGACAUGGAAAAGAGAGGGAAGACAAUCAAAGGUCAGGCCCUGCCUUUGCACCGUACGAAUCCGCAGCAUCAGCAGCAGUCGUCAAGACCAAUGUUUGGCGAAGAGGGUGUUCCGCUUAUGGAAACCAAAGGUACAGAGGAGAAAUAA